AGAUAAAUAAAUGUAACAACUGGAUAGGGUAACCGUCCAAGAUGCAAUUUGGAUGGUGUGGAUUGUGUGGUGCUAAUGUGGAAUACAUUGCCCCUGACAAUGUAUGUGUUGUUGAUUCUGAUGUAAGGUUUUAAAAUAAAUAAAUUGUACGUUUAAAAUGACGUUAAAUUUUCGGGAAAUAUGCCGAUUAUGUAUGGCAAAGAAAGAAAGCCUAGCACCACUGUUCCGUGAACAAGUACAAGAUACAAUAACCUCACUCUCUGCUAAAAUAAUGAACUUUGUUCCAGUUCUGAAGCUAUGUGCUGAUGAUGGCCUGCCAGGCCAGGUAUGUCAGAGAUGCUCCCGACUGGUGAACUUAUCAUACAAUUUUAAACUGCAGUGUGAAAGUGCAGAUGCCACGUUACGGCAGUGUCUGAAAUCCCACCAAGUUCAGAACAGCAAACCUGAAAUCAUUCAUUCUGUGUUCAGAAAUGACAGUGGAGACAACUGGGGUUAUACAGCUGUAAAAGAUGAAGUGAAGGAUGAAGUAAAAGAUGAAGUACUAGAUGACAACUCUGGUGAUGAUUUUGGCAGCCAGUCAGAAAAUGAGAGGGAAAUAAGUUUACAUCCUCUGGUUUCUGUCCAUGAAGAUGGAAGCAAUGAGUGGAAAAAUACCCAGCCUAGCUCUUCGGUAAAAGAAGUAACAUCAGAAGAUAAGACAAAAAUAGGAUGUAUACAUUCUAAAACUGGCAACCAAGCCAAUAAAAAUUGCCCAAGGAAGUCUCCACUUGAAAAUGUGAGAACAAAAUAUAAAGGUGUGUUGUCUUCUAGGGGGAGUGAUAUAAAUAAUGUUGGAGCUAUGGAAUUGGAUAUUUCUAAUAUAAAUAAAAAAUCUUCAGCGAUAACAGAUUCUGUACAACAUGGAAUUAAAAGAAAGGAAGCUGUGAAAAGAACAAAGCCAAGGACACGAGGAGAAAAGAAAGGAUUUCUUUGCCAGGACUGUGGCAAGAACUUUUCUUAUGAACAACAUUUACUAUUACACCGUAGGACCCACACUGGUGAAAAACCAUUCUCGUGUUCUGUUUGUGGUGAAUGCUUUAGUGUGAGUAGUAAUCUCAAUAAACAUAUGAGAAUACACACAGGAGAAAAGCCCUUUCUUUGCACGGUUUGUGGUAAAAAUUUCAGUAGAAGUGAUACACUGGCAAAGCAUAUGAGAUCUCAUACGGGAGAAAAGCCAUUUCACUGUGCUGUUUGUGGCAAUAAUUUUGGUCGUCGCAGUAUACUUACAAAUCAUAUGAGAACUCACUCCGGGGAGAAACCCUAUCGGUGUACAGAAUGUGGACAAAGAUUUGCGCAAAGCUAUGAUCUUACGAAACACAUGAGAUCACACACGGGUGAGAAGCCUUAUCGUUGUACAAUGUGUAGAAUGAGCUUUGGUCAAAGGAAUGGUCUAACUAAACAUAUGAAGGGUCAUCCAGGAGAAGUGCCAUUUUCUCGCUUGGACUUUUCUAACAGGAUUUCAUAUAAGAUAGAAACACUUAAUCUGCUUCCACAUUCAGAACCAGUUAAACUAUCAGCAAAUGCAUACAAAUAUUAAAGUUUGUGGGAUACUUAAUUUGUGCGACUAUCUUUUAUUUUAUAUGCAUUUUUUUAAUACACUAUAUUACAUUGAAUAUAAGACACAUCCAGUUUCUGAAUAUGUUUUAGAAAGAUUAGAAAGGUGCACAUUCCUAAAAUUUAAGAAGCACCUCAAUUUUCCAGUGGGAAAUAUGAGUAAGAUGUGUCUUAUAUUCGGAGUAAUAUGACACAUAAUUUAGUUCAGAAAGUAUGAUCCAUGAAUUUUAAUUAUUUUUAUAACCAGGAUUUAGCAGUGCAGUGUUUUGUUUAAAGUAUUCAUGCAUAUAAGAUUGUGGUUUCAGUGUGUGAGCACAAAUUCCAUGUGUUAGAGUAUACCAGAGCAUAUAUUUAUAACUGCUCAUUCAGCUAUAAAUGGCUGGUUCUGUAAAAAAUAAAAGUACUGUAUAUCUAAAACACCUUUGAGAGUGCAUCUUCUGACAGACAAAAAUUAUAUCUUUGGAAAGUUACUAGAGCCAUACAGUCAUAUCAGAGAUUUCAUUAGACCGUGGAACUUUCCUUCGUUAGGUUAGCUGCUGGCCGCGCCAUAGCUCAAGCGGCUAGUCACUGGCUUCCCACCGUGGUGGCCCGGGUUCAAUCCCAG